AUGUACUACUUGGGCGCCUCCGAGAAGAUGCUCAAGUUCCCAGCCUCUCUCAGCUACGUAACAUCCCGCGGCCUUCCACGACACCUGUGCUUGGGCUUUUGGCUGGUCGGCUGGUUCUUCUUCUUGCAGGUCCUUCGGAGUACAGAUACAGCUGUUGGCAUCUUUGCCGCCUUGAUGCUCGCCACGGCAGGCGUGACGGCUUGGUUUAACAAACCGCACCAGCCUGUUUUGCACGACCGCAUACACAUGGCGGCUGCAUGUUUGUAUGUUCUCGCCCACAUCGUGCUCAUGGAUAUCCUGGCCAUGGGCUCCAUCUACAGAGCUGGCUUUUACCUUUCCAUGGUCAUUGCUGCUGGAUCCCUUCAAUGGAGCAGAAGUAUCAAAUCCAGGGCUGGGCUGCCUGUGAAGCCCUCCUCUACAGCACAGGAAUGGAAUGGCAUCCUGAAGC